UGUAAACCCCCUCCAUUUUUGAAAGUGGGUUCCUGGUCUGAGGGCAGUGGUAGCCAGUAUAAAGAAGCAGAAACCACUUUUGAGCUUGUGUUGAACCCCCUGGCUGACCUUUAACCUUGCCAGGCCCAGGACAGGGUCUUAUUUUUAGUCUGGGAGAGCAGACAGGUGUCCCAGCUGAGUCACAAAGUGCUUCAGGCUUCAGCUACUCCAGGCAUCUUGUCACUUGGCAACUGGGUCCCCAGGCACCCAUGGCCCUGAAGGGAGGGCUGAGGCCCUUGGGCCCCAGCAGGCAAUGACCUUCUGGCUUAGUGGACUGGGCCCUGGAAAUUUCUGUUUCCUUUCCCAGGCUCUUGAUCCCGUCCAGUUUUCCUUACAGAAAAACAAAGCCCUUGGCUUUAGGCCUUUCUCUCGCUUUCUUCCCAUGCCCAGCAUUGUUCCAAGUCCAAGGGGCCUGCAGCCACUCCUGACAUAAUGGGAUAUUUAGGGUUCCUUUGCUCACCACUGGACCAUGGGGCCUUUAUCUUUGACUUGUACAUGCCCCCAGCCUGGCCUCUGAUUCAGUUCUCCUGCCCCUGAAAGUUUUCCUGUUAAGAUGACAGGGUGGGGGAUGGAGGGGGUGUCAGUGUGUGACUGGAUCCCUGAGUUUGCUGAGGGUUUGUCAAAGGUCUGACAGGCAAGCAUCCAGGCAGGCUUCCUGGGAACAUAUAUUGCAAGUCUUUCUGGGGACCUCUGGCUCCUCUUGAUAGGCUCUCACACAGGGUGGCUGUUCUAGGUGUGUCAGAUUAGGAGUCUGAGAACCUGACCAGGAGGCAUGUGGAAAAUGGAAAUAUUCAGGUUUUGAGGGUACGUGAGUCUGGAGGCUAUGUUGUGAGUCCCAGACUGUAACACUCUGUUGACUUGGCAGCUUGUGUCUGUAGAAUAAGAGUAGUGAUGGUGAGCUCUGUUUUUCAAGGUCUUGGCAGAUGUCAGAGACCUUGGAGGGUGAAGCCAGGAAUCAGGCUUGGAGCCUUCCUAUGGGAGUCCCCUUCCAGAGUGGGGAGCUGUGGGUUUUGGAUAGGGGCCUGGCAGUUCCUCUACUUCCUUUUUUUUUUGUUUGUUUGUUUGUUUUGUUUUGUUUUUUCAAGAUGGGGUUUGGAGGCUGUCCUGGAAGUAGCUCUUGUAGACCAGGCUGGUCUCGAACUCAGAGAUCCGCCUGCUUCUGCCUCCCCAGUGCAGGAUUAAAGGCAUGCACACCACCGCCUGGCCCCCUACUUUCUAAGAAGCCCUUUGAGCAGUCCUUUUCUCAGGAAAGCACCUGCACAGUCAGCCCUACCAGUCUGGCUGCCCGCUCCCUCAGCAGCACACCCCUGCCUCUCUUGCAGGCGACCAUGGCGGAGUUCUCACGGAAGCAGAGGAAGCAGCGCGGCAGUGAAGGCCUGGGCAGUGUGGUGGACUUCCUCCUAGCUAAUGCUCGUUUGGUGCUCGGUGUGGGCGGGGCUGCAGUGCUGGGCAUUGCCACCCUGGCUGUAAAGCGGCUCAUCGACAGGGCCACUAGCCCUCGGGAUGAGGAUGACGCCAAGGGGGACAGCUGGAAGGAACUGAGCCUGCUGAGAGCCACAUCACACCAACAGCCCCAGCCCCCCCCUGCCGCCCUCAGCCAGCCCACACCUCUUGUGUCCCCCUCACCCUCUGCCCCAGUGGAGCCCACACCUGCUCAUUCGCAGACAACACAGACACCUCAGCGCAGCUCCCUGGCACCCUUGUGCCUGACGUUCCAGGAGAAGCUGCUGGCAUUUGAGCGCAAUCAUGUGAUUGUCCCGGAAGCCCGUGUGGCUUUGGUGAAACAGCUGGCUGGAGACAUUGCCUUGGAGCUGCAGGCCUACUUGAGGAGCAAAUUCCCGGAACUGCCCUUUGGUGCACUUGUGCCCGGUGGGCCUCUCUAUGAUGGGCUACAGGCAGGGGCUGCUGAACGUGUGCGCCUGCUGGCACCCCUGGAGUUAGAGCCAGAUCUGUGGAGCCUGGUACCUGGUAUGGACACUGUGGCCAGGGAACCUCGAUGCUGGGCUGUGCGCAGGACCCAGCUUGAGUUCCAUCCCCGUGGGCGUAGCCCAUGGGACCGCUUCCUCGUUGGGGGUUAUCUUUCCUCUCGUGUCUUGUUGGAGCUGCUACGGAAGGCCCUGGCAGCCUCCGUCAACUGGCCAGCCAUUGGUAGCCUACUUGGAUGUCUGAUCCGGCCCAAUGUGGCUUCGGAGGAGCUGCUGCUGGAAGUGCAGCACGGGAGCCUGGAGUUCACAUUAGCUGUGCUCAUGGUGGUCCCUGGGGCCAGCACUGAUGACCGCCUUCUGCUAGCUUGGCCCCUGGAAGGGCUGGCUGCCAAUCUCUGGCUGCAGGAUCUGUAUCCAGUAGAGGUUGCCUGUUUGCGGGCCCUGGAUGACCAGGAUGCUGGCACUCGCCGGAGGUUGUUGCUGCUGCUGUGUGGUGUAUGUCGUGGCCAUCCAGCUCUGGUACAUCUGGGUUGGAGCCACCUGACUCAGGUGGUUCUGCAUCUGGGUAAAGAGGAAGUGGCCUGGACCGAGGAGGCCUUAGGGGAUCGAUUUCUGCAAGCCCUGGAAUUUCUGGUGGGCAGCUUGGAGCAGGCUAGCCUGCCCUGUCACUUCAACCCCAGCGUGAAUCUCUUGGGCAGUUUUCGGGAAGAGGAGAUCGAUGACAUUGGCUACCUACUGUACAGUGGUCUCCAGGUCCCUGAGCGCCUGCUCCAGGUGGAUGAGGACCGUGAUUGGCUUGUUUUCUGAUGUUGGAGAGCAGCAACCAUCUCCCUCCCAGUGUGUGGUUUGCUUUAUUUUAGCCAGAGUGGAGGGGAGAAUACAUUACCUAAGUACAUGGGUGGGGCAUAUGCCUGGGUGAUGGUAACCAGGAUUCCCAAAUCCAGAGUCUGGGUUGCUGUCACCUAAUGUGGCUAGCCUGUCCUGGCUUUCAGUGCCAACCACACUGAUGCUCCCUGGCCCUCUGGGGUUAACUUAGGAUCUUGGGCUCAGUCUAUCAUCACCAGCAAUGAACUCAAGAAUGAGACAUGGCUUUUUAUUUAUUUUAUUGUUUUUUUUGUUUUUUCGAGACAGGGUUUCUUUGUAUUGUUUUGGAGCCUGUCCUGGAACUCGCUCUGUAGACCAGGGAGACAUGACUUUUGAUUUCCUAGGCUUCAUCUAGUGAAAGGCUGGUUCCAACGUUUUGUCAAGAAGGAUAUUUAAUAUUCUUGGUUGGGUGACAGCCAUAAGUAUCCUGGAGGCACACACAGCUGGUCAUUCAGUCGUAUGUGUUUGUUAUUCCCUGGGCCUGGAAUCACCCAGUACCCUGGAGGAUAACUUUUUAGGAUGGUGUUUUCCUGAUGGUCAUGCAUUUGUUUUUCUGGUUGAGUCCUCAGGCCUUGAAGUGGAAGUUGUCUCCCGUGCUGCCUGCCUGCCUGCCUUAUACCCCAGGGAAGGAAGGUCUUGUAUCCUCCUGCUUGGUGGGUUUUCUCUGGAGGUCCCAAUUACCUCUGGGAGAGCCCCUUCCUCAUUGAGGAGCUGAGCUCUGUGCUGUCUAUGCAAGGCUACCCCACAUUGGCUGCUUCUGGACCUCACUGCAGGACAGAGGACAUGCCCCUCCCAGAGGCCUGUGUGCAGUCCUAGCCUCUGCAGUGUGCCAAAAUAUUCAUGGUAAAUGUCUGUGCCCUCAGCUGGCACCCUGGUUAAGGUGGCAUGACUGGAGGAUAGAGAUUUACCUCCUCUGCCAGGGGCCUUUCUAUUUUAGGUACCCCCACACACACCGUACACAGUGAAACAAAGCUAUACCUUGAAGAAAGAGUGUGAAUAAAAGGAGAAAAUUUUUUUUA